AUGGGGACAUCAUGGCAUAAUGUGAAUGGGAAGAUUUGGAUUUUUGUGGAUGCAGAAAUUCAAGUAGAAAUAAUGAGAGAUACAGAACAACUGUUAUCCUGUAGAUUCACUCAUUUGGGUGAUGGGCAAGAGUUGGUGCUUACAGUUGUUUAUGCGAGUACUGAUAGAAGUGGGAGAAUAGCUCUAUGGGAGGAGCUAUAUGACAUGUCUUCACACAUCACCGUCCCCUGGCUUGUGGGUGGGGAUUUUAAUGUCAUUACAGAUGACAUUGAGAAAUUUGGGGGUCUUCCUGUACAGUUUGCAGAAACAGAGGAUUUUAGACAAUGUAUAGACAUUUGCCAACUGGUGGAUCUUGGUUUUACUGGAAGUAUGUUCACAUGGUGGAAUGGGAGAUUGGAUGAGGCUUGUAUAUUUAAAAGACUGGACAGAUGUUUGGGAAAUCAGGCUCUGCAGAAUUGUUUUACUAAUUUGGAGGUAGAGCAUCUCAUUAAACAAGGUUCUGACCACUCCCCCUUGCUGGUAAAUAUGAGAGCAGAUAGUAGACCAAUUAGGAAAUCUUUCAGGUUUCUUAAUUUUUGGGUGGAGCAUGAAUCUUUUCUAGAUGUAAUCAAAGAAAAUUGGGUGGAAUCUUAUGGCUCAGACCCCUUCUUUAACUUUCAUAAUAAGUUAAAAAAGGUGGGAAGAGCUCUCUCUAAGUGGAGUAGGGACACUUAUGGUGAUAUCUUCAAGCAAAUUGCAACUCUGGAGGAAGUGGUGCAGGUGCAUGAGCAAGAAUUUGAACAGAAUCCUACAGGGCUUAACAGGGAAAGGCUACAAAGGGUACAAGCUGAUCUGAUCAGAAAGCUACAAUUACAGAGAAUUCAAGAUCAUACAGGUACAUGGAUGGACACUGAAGAGGAGAUUGCGCAGGAAGAAAUCAGAUUUUUCUCAGACCAAUUCAAAGAGGAAAAUAUCCCUACAGAUUUCUCUAUGCUUGAUAAGAUUCCUAAAAUGGUUACAGAAGAACAAAAUCAACAACUCUAUGAAAUGCCAGAUGAAGCAGAGGUGAAAAGAGCAGUUUUUGGUUUAAAUGGAGACAGUGCAGGGGGUCCUGAUGGUUUCACAGGAAGAUUUUUCCAAGCUUGUUGGGAAAUUAUUGCAAAUGACUUGGUGACCAUGCAAUCAGGAUUUGUUAAAGGAAGGAGUAUUGUAGAAAACAUUCUGUUGGCUCAGGAAAUUGUACAUGAUAUUAGGAUUAGAGGAAAGCCUGCAAAUGUUGUCAUUAAGCUUGACAUGGAAAAGGCUUAUGACAGAGUGAGUGGUCAGAAGAUCAACAAGCAGAAAAGUGUUGUUUAUAUGCAUCAUUUGACAUCUCAUAACAUUAAGGAGCUGGUAUUUUCUGUCACCCAGAUUCCUAAAAAGGAUUUUCCAUUCACAUAUUUGGGGGUACCAAUCUACUAUGGGAGAAGAAGGAACAUUCACUACAAGGAGAUAAUAGAAAAGAUUCAGAAUAGACUGAGCUCAUGGACUGGUAAGCUGUUAUCUAUUGGAGGAAGGACAACACUGAUUAAACAUGUUUUACAGAGCAUGUCUAUACACCUACUAUCCGCUUGUGACCCUCCUAGUGCUAUACUUGCUCAGAUUCAUAGAUUGUUUGCUAAGUUCUUUUGGAGCAACUCUGUGGGAAAUUCAAAUUUUGAGUGUGAUCCCACAAUCAUCCUUGUAAAAGAAACUGCAGAAGUGGGGCAAUGGGAUGAGCAGUUGCUAAGAAGAAUCCUUCCUGAGGAUCUAGCAGACCAUAUUGUGCAGCACAUUAAUCCACCAAAUGAAAAUGGCCAAGCAGAUAAGGCUUUCUGGAAAUUAGAUUCGAGGGGGAAAUUCACAGUUAGGUCUGCAUUUCAAUUGCUCAGACAAAGAAAAGACCCCAGUAAUUUGUAUAAGCAGAUGUGGAUCAAAGGACUACCAAUAAAGAUAUCUUUUUUUAUGUGGAGAUUUUGGAAGUUCAAGCUACCACUGGAUGAUAAGUUGAAGAAAUGGGGACACUAA